UCCAGUUGAACGUCGACGCGCUGACUCAUGUUUUCUCCUCAUAUUUCGCAAAAAUCAAUAAACAUUUCUGCAUUAUUUUUUCCCCGCUGUUUUCCUACAUGUAAUAUUUCUCCUUUGAGUUUUUAAAUUUUACAAAUUGUGUAUCCCACGGCAAAACGGAUGGAAGUCAGAUUGACUGGUUCGCGAAGUGGUGCAGAAGAAAUCUGAGGUGUCGGUAAUAUUAUGCGGGAUUUAUUCGGGAUUUGGAUCGGCCGGAAGCAGCUGAUUUGAUUUGGUAUUUUUAUUACUUUUUAAUUGGGAAAAAUGGAUGGACCGACGAGUCCGUCGAUUAUGGGCGCGGAGAACCCGAAGUUCAGUACGCUGGAGCGCCGCCAAGGCCAGGCCAUGUCGGAUUCGGAGAGUAUGGAUCUGGGCCAGUCGCCCGGGGAUCCCAUGUCGGCCAGUAUGAUGUCAGCCCGCAAAUCAAAAGAUGGGUUGUCGCGGGAGGAACGGAUGAAGGUGGUCCGCGAGCGGCAGUUGGAGGAACACAAACGGCGUCUGGAUGAGCUGCGUGCGGCACAGAUGCAGGCCAUGCGCGCCAAGAAGCAGCUGGACACGGAGCGCCGCCGGCGGGUCGAAGAGAUGAAGAGCAAGGAGGAGCAGCGCCGCGCCGCCGUCGAGGAGCGCCGGCGACGCAUCGAGGACGCCGAGCGGAACCGACGCGAGGCUAUUCUGCGCAAGCACGAGGAGAUCUUUGAGCGCAUCGAGCAGAAACGCCGGCAGCACGAAAGUCGGCGGGCCGCUUAUGGAAUUCAGCAGACCAACGGCGACAGCUUCAACGUGCAUCCCUCGCGCCGCGCCAUCUCCGUCGGCGUCUUGUCGGGACGCGGCAGUCUCAUGUCGCGCAGCUACCACCAGAGCCAUACUUUCUCACCCGGGUCCCUGCAGAGCGCCCGUUAUCACACGUCGCCGAGCACGCCCAGCCGCGCCGGCGGUGAUCGCUUGCUGGAGUCUGUCUCCGGGAAUUCUUCAGAGAUUUCUCCAGUGCACACGGGACGUCACGGGAAGCACUUCCGCAUCACCCACUCCCACCCGCCCCCCACCCAGCGCAACCGCGCCCCCGACCGCCCCCCGCGACCCCCCACCACCGCCCGGACACCCUCCAACCCGAUGUCGGCGUCCUUCCACACGGACGGCUCCAAAACCGAGCGCGCCCCGCGGCGCCCCACCACGCUGAUCACGCGCAUCCGCGACGACAGCGACCUGCCCAAGCUGACCACCUCCCGCUCCACCGACACCUUCAAGGUCAUGUCCAAACGCUCGCAGAGCGCCAGCAACGUCAACCGCAAAGCGGAGUCCUCCCCGGAGAAGGAGGUGGUCCCAGAGGAUUCGGAGAAGGCGGGGAAGGGGAAGAAGAUCAUUUCGGAGGCGGAGGCCAAGGCGGCGUUGGCGGAGAAGCGGAGAUUGGCGCGACUGAAGGUGGAAGCGGAGCGGAGGGACUUGGGGACCCCCAGUUCGCGCGGGGUGGAUGAGUCGGUGUCGCCGUCGCACCCGGCGGAGGAGGAGGGGAAGGAGGAGAUAAGGAAGAGUGGGCGGAGUCAGUCGAUUGUUAUGUUCGAGCAGGAUGAGGCCCGGAUGGAGGCGGCGCGGUCGGUUGAGGAUCUGGUGGUGACGCCGCCUGCGGAGGCGGUUACGGCGACACCGCCCGCGGAGACGGUUACGGUGGUCAGCGAGGUGCAAGACGAGAUGCCGGCGGAAGUUGUGGAAGAGAAACCCGCGGAAGAAGUCCAGCCUGUCGUUGAACAGAUUACGGAUGAACCGCCGAUGAUGAUGACGAUGGAAACGGAGACGGUUGUCCAGCCGGAUGUGAUUCCUAAUCAGAAGGUGGAGUCGCGUACCGCCACCCCACCGGCUGAGGAGGAAGUGGUCUCCCCACCCGUCGCGCCCCUCCCCACCGCCACCGUGGUGCGGGAGGACGACGACGCGGAACGGCUGCGACAGGAGACCGAGCGCCGUCGUCUGGAGAUGGAGCAGCGCGAGGAGGAGGAGCGCAUUCUCCGCCGACAGCGUCUGGAGGCCAUCAAACGGCUGACCAAGGGCGCGGCGGCGCCCACCACCCCCGCCGAGCGUCUGGUGUCCCCGGCGGCGGAGAAGCCGAGCGCGACGGACGCCCUGGAGAACGCCCGCAAGUUAUUGCAGCGCCGCGGGUUGGGCAGCGGCGCCGAGUCGCCCGUGACCACCCCCGGGGAGCCGGAGGAGGGCAAGGUCAAUGGCAUCGGGACAAACGGCGUGAAGGACGCGUUAUCCCUGGAGCUGGACCCCUUUGCGCCCAACGGCUGGACGCCGGUGCCGGACGAGCACCGCCAUGCAGCCAAUCACGUGACAAUGGCCAACAGCGAUCUGCUUCUCAAUUUUGAGUGAUUUCCCGCACGUUCACGGAAUUUUCAAGGAUUUUCGGACGGCGCACGGUCGCUUGAGUUUUUCAACGGUUUUCUGACGGUUUUAUGGCGUUGAACGGAAUGUUGUAUGUACAUGCGUUUUCAUAUAGCGUGUUCUGAAUUAUUACCGUUUUUUCUGUUUUUGCCGGAUGCUUUCGUUAGAGCUGCUUUGAUACUGACUGUGAUAAGGGGCUGUAUGUUUUAUUCUCUACCCGAAUUACGCUGCAAAUAAAAUGUGGGUUGAACGA